GCGCGCAGGCCGACGCCGGCGCCAAGGAGUUCUGGGUCAACAUGCCCAACCUGAUGGCUCACCUGAAGAAGGUGUCGGAGCAGAAGCCCCAGGCGACCUAUUACAACGUGGACAUGCUCAAGUAUCAGGUGUCUGCCCAGGGUAUUCAGUCUACUCCAUUAAACCUUGCAGUGAGCUGGCGGUGCGAGCCUGCAAGCACUGACCUCCGCAUCGACUACAAGUACAACACGGAGGCAAUGACGACGCCCGUAGCGCUCAACAACGUGCAGUUCCUCGUCCCCGUCGACGGAGGCGUCACCAAGCUGCAAGCCGUGCUCCCGCCUGCCGUCUGGUACGAAACGCGCCCGCCCGCUCGCGGCGCCCUCGUCCCCAAAGCCCCCUGCGCGCGGCGCGCAGCAGCGCGGCCCUGUCUGUCCCUAGGUAAAUACUUGGCCGAUAACUAG